AGCCAGAGGUGCAUUUGGAAUUGGAAGGAAGAUUUUGAGUACUUUAGGUAUACUGAAAGAGAAAGCACAGCCUAUUAUACAAACUGUACAGAAAGGUUGGGAUGUAGCACGAGAUGCAGCAAAUCUUAUUCCAAAUCCUGA